UUUUCACUAGGAGCACUUGAAAGCAGCGCCAAUGAGCCGGUUGAUGACGUCACUGGGAAGCGACCGAGGCUUAGGAAGAAAACAAGAUGGCGGACGUGGUGAGUGUCGGAGUCAACCUGGACGCUUUCUCUCACGCUAUCAGCGGCAUUCAGGCGCUCCGUUCCAGCGUGAGCCGCGUGUUCGAGUCCCUGAAGGACGGCAUGAAGAAUCGGGACACCUUGGAAGGCCGGGAGAAACAAUUUAUAGCCGAAUUCCAGGACAAUCUUCAGGCGGUCAACCGAGACCUCAAUGAGUUGGAGCGACUCAGUGGUCUCGUUGGACGGCCGUCCGAGUCUCAUCCUCUCCACAACAGCGGACUUCUCAGCCUGGAUCCUGUCCAGGAUAAAACCCCCCUCUACUCUCAGCUGCUGCAGGCCUACAAGUGGUCCAACAAGUUGCAGUACCACGCGGGCCUGGCCUCCAGUUUGUUAAACCAGCAGUCACUCAAACGAUCAGCCAAUCAGAUGGGAGCUUCAGCCAAGAGACGACCGAAAGUCCAGCCUAGUACUUUGGUCCUGCCCCCCCAGUACGUGGAUGAUGUCAUCUCUCGGAUUGGAAGGAUGUUCCCUGACAUGACCAUCGAACUCUUCCGACCCAAUGGAACAUCUGCCGUGUUGCUGGUGACCCUGGGCAAGGUGCUGAAGGCGAUCGUGGUGAUGCGUUCACUGUUCAUCGACAGAACUUUGGUCCGAGGCUUCAACGAGAACAUUUACAACGACGACGGAAAGCUGGACAUCUGGACCAAGUCCCAGCACCAGGUCUUCCAGAAGGUGACGGACCACGCCACCACGGCUCUUCUGCACUACCAACUGCCCCAGAUGCCCGACGUGGUGGUACGCUCCUUCAUGACUUGGCUGAGGAGCUACAUCAAACUCUUCCAGUCUUCCUGCCAGCGAUGCGGACACUUCCUGCAGGACGGACUCCCGCCAACAUGGAGGGACUUUAGGACCCUGGAGGCCUUCCAUGACACCUGCCGCAUGUGACACGCUUUUAGUCCAAUAAACUCCACUUCCUUUUCUACCUGGGGUCUUGGUUUCCCACCUGACCCCGUGAUGUCAUCUCCACCCGAGGACCCGCUAAUGAGGGGCCGGGAUGGCGGUGGGGGGGUCCAGCACGCCGCACCUCCAGAGACCAUCGUCGUCAUCAUUAACCUUCAUCACAUAUUGAUGAUGCUCAAUUACACACUGGCGUGCUGCCUGUGACCUUUGACCUUCUAAACAAUCUGUCCUUUGAGAGCCCCGAGCACCCCCCCCCCCCACUACCAGCACCUCUUUAAUGAACUUAACCUUUUCUUGUUUGACAUGAAGACCAGACCUAGACAAGAACUGGACUACACCUAAACCGGCCUAGACCUGGACAAGGACUGGACUACACCUCAACCAGCCUAGACCUGGACAAGGACUGGACUACACCUCAACCAGCCUAGACCUGGACAAGGACUGGACUGCACCUAAACCAGCGUAGACCUGGACAAGGACUGGACUACACCUAAACCAGCCUAGACCUGGACAAGGACUGGACUGCACCUAAACCAGCCUAGACCUGGAUGAGGGUUGGAGAGAGAGAAGAACUGAGGAUUUAUCUCCAGCUCAGCUAAACCUGACAUAAAAAUAUAAACGCAACACUUUGGUUUUUCUCCCGUUUUUAUGAGAUGGACUCAAAGAUGUGAAAUGAAUUCCAGAUAAAAAUACGACCUUUUCUCUCAAACGUUGUUCCCAAUCUGUCUCAAUGGUUGAUGAUGAGCACUUCUGCUUUGCUGAGAUAAUCCAUCCCACCUCACUGGUGGACCUCAUCGAGAUGAUCUGACACCAUGAUUACUUCACAGGUGGACCUUAGACUGGGAAAUGGGAAUGUUUGAAAUGUAAAGUAGGUCAAAUGUCAAUCCAACAUAGUAAAGGAAAGCCAGAUGAUGGGAGAACUUAA